AUGGCCCACAUUCAUCCCCUGUCGUGUUCCUGCACCAAAUCAGAACUGGAUCUGUUUGAGGUACCGCCAACUCAGACGACCAUAACGGACGGUAGAUGGGUAGAGUAUCAUCCGGUGGCCAGUCUCGCCGAGUCUUCCCCGAUAGAAUUUGACAUUCCUGGAGCUGGGGAGGAAUUUACGGACCUUUCCCAGACGAAAUUGUACGUGAAAGCCAAGAUCGUUCUCCCUAACGGUAACGACCUGCCGGACAACGCCAAGACGCUGCUAAACUUUGGGUCUGAAGCAAAGCAAUCGCAGCUGACAUCCGAACUUUUCUAUCAAGACACGCCGGGACGACUUCACUUGGUCGACCCCUACCCAACAGAUCAGGGCGCAGUGGCAAACGAGGGAUUGGUGAAGCGUGCCAACAUGACACGCAACAGUCGCGAAGUGGACCUCAUAGGACCCCUACACGUCGAUCUGUUUCAUCAAGAUCGCUUUUUGCUCAGCAAAGUCGACGUUAAAAUCAAGCUGCACCGAUCGAAACAUCAAUUCUGUCUCAUGUCGCCUGGGGAUCAGUUCAAAAUUGUCAUCACUGAGGCCGCCGUCUUUCUGAGAAAGGUCAACCUGUUACCCACCUAUCAGCUGUCCAUCGAAAGUCAACUCAACAAGCAGACGGCCAAGUAUGCCCUUAAAAGAGUUCAGUUAAAACCUUUUACAAUUCCCCGUGGUAACCAUUCAGUGUCGAGCGACAAUCUGUUCCUGGGACAGGUCCCCAAACGCGUGGCGAUCGCUCUGGUGGACAACGCAGCCUUUCAGGGGUCGUUCGGUACCAACCCCUUUAACUUUCAACACUUUAACUUGAACUACAUCAGUCUCUGCGUCAAUGGGCAGGAGGUGCCUCACAAAGCGCUGACACCCAACUUUGCCGAGGGACAGUUCGUCAGAUCCUACAUGAACUUGUUUGGAACGACAGGCAAGCAAGGACAAGACAGCGGGAACCUGAUCGCGAGAAGCGACUACGACAAGGGCUUCACGGUGUGGUGUUACGAUCUAAGUCCUGACCUCUGCGGCCUCGGUGGGGACCAUUUUAACAUAAUCAGACAGGGAAACCUUCGCCUGGAGCUGCAUUUUGCACAGGCUUUAGAUCAAACGGUGGUGGCGGUGGUCCUCGCUGAAUUCGACAAUCUCCUGGAGAUUGACAGGCAGAGAAACAUCAGCUUUGACUACAGCAACUAG